GCGUAUGUUUUUACUCCUUAUGACACAUUUGACAGACAUAUCGGCAUAAUUAUAUUUUAACUCACUAAUAUUGUCAUUAUGAAUUUGUGUGUUUACUUUUAAAGAAUUCUUCAACCAGUAAAAUGCGGCGAGCUCAUGCUGGUGAGCUUUAUGGAGAAAAGAAUGUGGUGGAAGAAGAAAACGAAUAUUUGGUGGAUGGGUUAAAAACAAAAAUUUCUACUUUAAAAUCUCUGUCUAUUGACAUUGGACAUGAAGUUCGAACUCAAAACCAGAUGCUUAACGCAAUGGAUGAUGAUUUUGAUUCAUCUGCUGGCUUGCUUUCAAGUACUAUGGGGAGAGUAGUAAGACUUGCAAAAGCUGGCCAUAAUAGAUACAUUCUGUAUUUGUUGCUGUUUUCCUUCUUUGUAUUUCUUGUAAUAUACAUAAUUGUUAAGAUUCGAUGAAGGCCAAGAAAUUCCUGUGAUACACUUUUGGAAUUUUGUCAUUUUGUAUUUAUAUUUUAAAGAAAAAAUGUUAUGACUAUUAAAUAAUAUUUGUUUUUUGACUA